CCUCCUCUUCCUCCUCCUCCUCUUUCUCUCUACGUGAGUGCAGGAAGACGAAGCAGGAGGAGGAAGACAAGCAAGGACGUGUCCUCUUUUUCUCCCCGGCAGCUCUGAGCUCUGAGACCCGUCAGGAGAACUUGACUCGGGAUUCGGUGGAGGAUCGUGAGCAGCAGCGAGUCCCGGACGGAGACUGGGCCUCAGACCAGACCUCGACGCUUCCACCAGUGAAUGUGACAUCGUUUCUCCGAGGCAGGGAAUUUAAAAGCCAUCAUCAUGAAUUUUGUUAUGAAGCAAGCGCUGGGAGGAGCCACCAAAGACAUGGGGAAGAUGCUGGGCGGCGAGGAGGAGAAGGAUCCUGACGCUGCCAAAAAGGAGGAGGAACGGCAAGAGGCACUGAGGCAGCAGGAGGAGGAGAGGAAGGCCAAGUAUGCCAGGAUGGAAGCAGAGAGAGAAAACAUCCGGCAGGGCAUCAGAGAUAAGUAUGGCAUCAAGAAGAAGGAGGAGAAGGAGGCGGAGGCAGCGGCUGCGAUGGAGCAGGCGUCAGAGGGCAGCCUGACCCGUCCCAAGAAGGCGGUGCCCACGGGCUGCGGCGACGAGGAGGAAGAGGAGAGCAUCGUGGACACGGUCAUGAAGUUCAUCCCGGCGCCACUCAUGGAUAUGUUCAAUAAAAAGUAACGGAAUGUUGGAAGGAGAUCAAGUGUUGAGGAAGACCCCGGCCCACCCUGACCUCAACUCCCCCACCCCCGCCCUCCAUCCCGAUCGUGCUGGAUUUGCACUUCAUUUCAUCCUUGAUCCAAAUGAUAUUUGAUCUUCGGAGAGUUAUAAUGCCACGGAUCGUCGCCUCAGAUAAUCCUGCAAUUAUAACCUCAUUUAAAAUAGUCAUUAAGCGAUGGUAUCGUCGACUUCAAGGCCACUCUGGUCCAAUCUCCUCCGGCUGCUGACUCCAUCGACAUCCACCCGCUUUUCUUUCUCUGUAAAUAGUCUGGGGUUGUAGUAAAUAUAUAAAUAUAUAGGAGUGAAAUAUGACAUAUAACAAGAGUAUAAGCCAUAUUUUUAAAGAAACGAUCCAAAUCAUAUCAAAGGAUUUUGGUUUUGUUAUCUUUGAUACACGCGGUGUAUAUACGAACCUUUGGUUUUAUGUUGUGAGGAGUCCGUCCAUCAGCCGUCUCUUGCGUUGUGAUUGUUCAAGCGUGCGGAAGCGUAUCGCAUUUAUUCCAGUGGUUUUCAGCCUGAUAGAAACAGAAAGUUUUUUUUUUCUUCUAAAAAACUUUUCUAGAAGGAUGCUUUUUAGCUUUCAUCUGUUAAAGAGAGUUAAAUCCGCCUGCGCUCUGCCUAACAGCUGAUCCAAUGGCAUCUGGACUUCAUUCCAUCAAAUGCCAUACGCUUCCGAACGGACUGCUGGUACAAACCAAACAACAAAUCGAUAUUUGAAAUACUUUGAUUUAAAGCAUGCGGUCACGUAACGUGCGGUGACUCAUUAUCAUGGCGCAAAUACGUUUGAUAUCUGAGGCAAUAACCUGUUUUCCAUUUUUGUCGUCCAUGUACGUACUGUAAACGACAAAGAUUGACGUUUGUGUCUCAAACGUUCUUCCACGGGGGAAUCUCCAAGCAACACACUAUGAUUUGGAGAAUAGUUUAGCGCCAUAGUUUAAAUGUUUGGGUUUUAAGGUCCUGUCACGCUACACUUCAUGACUUUCCACCAGGUGAUGAUAGCAUUCCAGCUAGUUCACAGCGGUGAGAAUCACUUUAAACAAUUACACUUUUAAAUCGAAUACGCAAUCUGGAGCAACAUUUUUGUGACCGUACAGCGAAAAUUACAAACUGCAGUUAGCUUGACACGUAAUAGCAAAAUGUAUUGGGCCAUAUCUUGUUCGAACUGCGGGAUGUAUGUAGAUAGCAGCCCUCUCUGUACUGGACAUCCGUCACGCUGGUCCGGCCCGCAUCUGGCGCGGGGGCACUUGGCAUGUGCGAUUCCUAUGUGGAUCGAGCGACUUGUAGCCGGCGUGGUUAGCAUGAUCAAUAGAGAGAUUUUGUGGCGUUUUGGAGUCUGGGUCAGUUUGUCCAGAAAUGAAUUAGCUUCACAUGUUGCAACAGUAGAAAAUUCUGAUGUUCUAUUGUUGUCAAGAAACUUAGGCUAACCCGCUAACAUUGGAUUUUCAUUAUCAGAUAAUGAUACAAAGAAUUUUGUCAUCUAAUUUUGAAAACAAAAUAAGGUCUUUGCAGCACCUUCAAGUCCUGAAGUCUACGUGACCAUAAAGUUUUCAUAAGGGCGGUUGAUUUUUGUUGACGUCAUCCUUUUCUCCAUUUUUGUACGCGAAGAAAAACAAUAUAACUUCACAGACACAUGUGAACAGACAGUGGCAAUAGUGCAAUACAUUGUAGGAAAUGAAGUUUCCCGCGUCCGUCAGUUUCCCUGAUGGGAGUCACAUCCCGAAUCAGCAACGACAGACAAUCUUCUUUCCUGUAUGUCGAAAUGUACCAUCUGUGACGUACGUCUCCGUGGUGACGCCUUUGUGAGUCCAACAUCUCAAAAAAGAUUUUUAAAAAUACGUAAAAAAAAAAAUGGGGGAAGGUGGGACGAUUUGUUUCGUGUCUUGAAAAUCUCAUUUCGAAUGUUGAGCACAAACAGUGUUCGGAAUCACAGUCAGCAGGGUUUACGUGACAAAUGUACAGAGACAAUGCUGGACUUUCAAAGUCCCUGAAAUGUUUACUGAGUCCAGAUUUACACUGAAAUGGCACAACAUCUAAUGAAGACAAACUCUCCACACUUGCCUUUUACUUUACUCUCCUGCCCCCGUCCUUCUAAUGGAGAAACAUUCCAGAUAUUUACGACAUUCCUGGCAGUGCGGACGAGGACACACACACAAGGACAGAACUAUCAGCGAUUUAGUCUUAAAGAAAAUGUGUCUCACAUGCUAACAGUAUCGUAGUAGCACCACCUAAUCAAAUCAGUUGUACCUCUAGAAAGUCUUGUCUUCCAUGUUCGGCGCUUUCACCGAUGCGAAAUGAAUUUGCUAACUUGGUGUUUGGUAGAUGAGUAGAGGUUAGAUUUGCUCACAAUACUGUGUGUAACCUUCAUGAACUGUCGCAGUACCGACAAGAACCACCAUCAACUUACCGUCCAGCUAGCGUCGAUGCAGACAUGGACUGGUGUUGUCAUGGUGGGAACAGACGUCAGAACUAGCCUCACUCGACACCCGGCUCCUUCUUUCCUGGCUGUCCCGUCUGUGUCCCAGUGGCUCUGAUGGAGCCACGAUCCCGUUCCCUCCACUGCCUGUGGGUCCCACCCGCAUGGGUCCCUUGCCAAGGCACACGGCAACCCAAGCUCCUAAUCGAUCCCCCAUCCUUCCUGCCAAUCCUCCUCACACUUGCCAAAAUAAGACUUCCCUGCCAGAUACAUCCACACCCCUCCCACCAGUCAAGGCCAGAAAGCCAUCUGGUGUUGCCUAGUCCUCCUUGAAUCUCCUCAACGAUCCGCUAAUCUCGACUCUUCUUCUCCAGGCAAGUCCUCUCGCUUGCUUUCUCUUUUGCUCAGACACUGCCGUCAUCCGUUGCGUCGCCCACACGCCUACUCCACCGUGACCCCACCACGCCCUCCUUCUCAGCAUCGUCUUCCUUGUAUUACGCGAAUAUACCCACUGAGUCGUUCAAGCAUGCUCCUCCACUGAUCUAGAAACUGCCUCGGCUGGAAUGUCGACGGAAAACUUGCAACCGUUGUUGCAGUUCUUGACUCAUUAAUCCAUUCAUCAUCAGUGAAUCAAGCCAAAGAGUCGCUGUCAUGAUUUAUCUCAUCACCUUUGUGUGUUAUUGUUUCAAAUCCUCAGGUAUGAAGAUUUUGUUUUGGGUCAGAGCCAGCCUUGGAGGAAUUCACUCGCACAGUCAUGACUUUGCUGGGAAGAGGUUGUCUGCGGCUCAUUUGAGGUGAGGCGCAAUUGGGUCGAGUGUUGGUACACUUCAAACCCAAGACCCCCCCACCGCCUCCCUUAAGGAAGUCAUGAAGAUCUUCCAAAACAGGGAGCAUGGCUUUUAUCCAGAUUAUAUUCAGGCCCUGCACAGAGACUCAAAUUCGAGUUGUGAGGGUCAAGAAUGAAAAACCUGUGUAUCAAUUGAGAGGCCCAGAUAUCGGCCAGAUAUUGAUCGGUAUGUUCGUGGGAGGCAACCAGUGGUCGGAUGUUACCUCUCUUACUUGCAAACGCCAAGGGAUCCAAAAAUCCAAGGGAGCCAGCAGGUUCAUCAAGCUACUGUCACGGCAACAAAAGUUGAGGGAAGGGAGGUAGAUGCCGUCCUUCACUCAAUCGAUGUUACCACUGGAUAUGUGACUAGACCUUGGAGCCAGAUGCCUGUUGGCACACCCCCACUGCUGACAUCAUUCGACUUGGACUUACCUUGAAAUCCUCCAUACCUGACAGCCCAGUAGCCUGGCCAAGGGGUGACCUGAGCUGCGAGGCACCAGGUCCUUGCGUAGUCCUUGCCUUCAUUGGCUGCCAGUGAGGUGGAAAGACAGGCACUCCUGGGUAAAGGGCCACGCCUCAACCCUCCACCAUCAUAAAUCUCAGCCUGCCAUCCACCCUGUGUCCUUUUCUAUUCUAAACUGAGGUACAGCGUCACGUCAUCUCCGAUCAUCUUGAUCCAAACCACUGCCUGAAACCCACUGCCGAAGUCCUAAUCAAUAUUUAGUACGAGCGAACUCCAUUCCAGCCAAUUACGAAACUGCCUGAGAAUCACUGUCGAUAUUUGAUGUGACUUGAAUGUAACCGUCAACUGUUUCCUGUCGUUGUUGAGAAGAUCCUCUGCUGUGGUGUUUCUGUUCCCGUCAUCGUCUUUUGGUGGUUUUGUAUUAAAAGAAAAAGGGUGAAUUAUUUUGUACGGCAAAAUCUUCUCACCUUUCUCCCUCGCUCUCCCACCUCUCUCUCUCUCUCUGUUGACAACAAUGUAUGCAUGCUCUGUGGUGUGCGACGUAGGCAAGGUUGUGGAUAUUAGCGUCUCGUGUCCUGUCUGUGUUCCACCCGUUAGCCUCACUGCAUGCCGACCUAGACAGAUAUUUGUAACUUUCCUGCCAAAAUGGAAUCACCGGCCACAGAAUAAAGUGAUUUCAUAUGAAAA